AUGGGCAUCAAGACGCCAGCGUGGUGGUGCAUGCCUGACAUGAUUGGCGAAUUCGCGAGUUCUGGUAACGACUUGGACUUCUCCAGCAGGUUAGGAGGACUUAAAGCGGGGUCCACUGUAACGGUCGAGGCUGACGGCGAGGAUGCGAUGCUGGAUGAGCUGGCAGGGCUACACGUGGAACUCGACCCUCCUGACGUGGCAGGGCGCAGCCAGCUGGACGAUCGCCGGGAUGUCGCCGACGACGCCUUUUUCCGGCUGCGAGGGCUCUGCGACGCACCGCUAGAAGCCGCUUUAGCGGACGCGGCAGGGGAGGAGAUUUCCUUAGGGCUUGGCAGCAGCUGCGGCUUCCCGCCAAAAGCGGCGGCAGAUGCGGCGGCGUCUUUCGGCGGAUACGCUGGCGGAGUGGACGGCGCGGACCGUGGGCUGUUCGUGGCGGAAAGAGCGCGCGCGCGCACCUUGGACAUGGGCGCGGACUCGGAGCGGGAGAGGAAGCUUCCUCGCGGUUUUGUGGUCAGCGGGGAUUUGCACGUGGCUGCAGCUGCACCCGUUGAUCUGCUCACGCGGGAGGGCUGCGGAGAGCGGGGUGAGUCGGGGCCGUCGCGUUCGGGAGAGCAACCCCGCGAGCUGAACCCGAAGCAACCCAUGGUAAAGUCAGGGCGGUCGAACGACACUAACGGCUUGAAAGCGGUGCUAAGUGCCUUGGGGAUGUUUCGGGGAAAGGAUUGCUUGGGGAAGUGA